CACACACACACACACACACGUACACACACACGCACACACACUGAGGGUGACUUGUAUAGGCAGCCAGAGAGAGAGAGGAGAGGAGAGAGAGGAGCGCUCUCAGAAACAGAAAGGUACACAGAGAAGAGAGUGGACGACAGAAAGUAAGAGAAGGAGAAAGAGGACGGUGGCUCCUGAGCAUCUCCUGCGCACCUUUUCAUUCCUGCACGCUCACGGAUCUUAAAAAGUCUACACUUUAUCUUCCUCGUGUUUGCUCCAGAGAGAGAUUACAACUUCUGUAAAGAGGCUUUUGUUGUUUCUUUUUUCUUUCUAAUUUUUUUUGGAGUUGAGAGAGACGCGAUUCCUGGAAGACUUUUCGUUCAUUUUUUCCCCCCCAAACCAAGUCUUUCCAUCCCUCGAGAAGUUUUAAAAAGUAAAGCCCUUGUUAGUUCCAGGGCUCGGCUUCACUUUUUCCACGUGUCCCACGGUGUCCCAGCUCCUGACAUAAACGUGUCACCUUGAGAUUUUUUGCUUGCCUUCAAGUCUCAGACUCUAAAAGAAAAAAAAAACCUUCAUUUUAUGUCACUGACCCACAAACGAGACCAAAGAUGAGAUUUCAAACAUCAGGACAGUCCCCAGUCUUGUGUGGUUGUUGUUCGAAAUGCUUAAAUCAUUAAAACAAAGUGCGUUUUAAUGGUUUUAUUUUUCCACUCUACAAGCUGAGGUGUGAUAGUGAAGAUACGGGGAGCCGGGCAGCGCUGCUCACCUGUAGCAUCUCCUCCGCUCAGCCGACACUUUGAUUUGCACUUUUUACGCACAGAAACGCCACUUUGUGACUAUUUGAAGAAAGAGAUCACAUCUAUCUGACAGAAAGAAGCGCACUCCACACAGUUCAUUCAUUCUGAAGUCACAGCCGCCACGGCUUUGGAGUGCGUAAAGGAGCAUUGCGCUUUUACGCAAAAAAACUUGAAACUCCAACUUUAAAACAACCACAGGGAUCCAGAGCUGCUCGUUUUUGUCACAAAUACUAAGUUUAAAGAAACUUCCAGCAGCUUUUUCAGAGGCGUCCAGAGCUCCAGAGAGACCGCCGGGCUCUCCAUCACCAUGCUGUUCGAUACUUUCGACCUCGUCUCGGCUCUGGCCACACUGGCCGCCUGCCUGGUGUCCAUGGCCCUGCUCCUCGCCGUCUCCCAGCAGCUGUGGCAGCUCCGGUGGACGGCCACGCGGGAUAAAAACUGCAAGCUGCCCAUGCCCAAAGGAUCCAUGGGCUUCCCCUUCAUCGGCGAGACCUGCCACUGGCUCCUGCAGGGUUCGGGCUUCCACGCAUCGCGGAGGCAGAAGUACGGCAACGUGUUCAAGACCCACCUUCUGGGCCGCCCUCUGAUCCGAGUGACGGGCGCCGAAAACGUGCGCAAGGUGCUGAUGGGCGAGCACACGCUGGUGACGGUAGACUGGCCUCAGAGCACUUCAACGCUGCUGGGACCCAACUCACUGGCCAACAGCAUCGGAGACAUCCACCGCAAGAGGAGGAAGGUGUUUGCCAAAGUGUUCAGCCAUGAGGCCUUGGAGUCCUACCUCCCGAAAAUCCAGCAGGUCAUCCAGGAGAGCCUCAGAGUAUGGAGCUCCAACCCUGAGCCCAUCAACGUCUACAGGGAGAGCCAGAGGUUGUCGUUUACCAUGGCGGUGAGGGUGCUGCUGGGAUUCAGGGUGUCAGAGGAGGAGAUGAGGCAUCUGUUCGCAACCUUCCAGGACUUUGUUGACAACCUGUUCAGCCUGCCUAUAGACCUGCCGUUUAGCGGCUACAGGAAGGGUAUCCGUGCAAGAGACACCCUGCAGAAAAGUAUAGAGAAGGCCAUCAGAGAGAAGCCGCUGUGCUCCCAGGGGAAGGAUUACAGCGACGCGCUGGACGUCCUGAUGGAGAGCGCCAAAGAGAACGGCACCGAGCUCACCAUGCAGGAACUCAAGGAGUCGACCAUCGAGCUGAUCUUUGCUGCCUUCGCCACCACAGCCAGCGCCAGCACCUCACUCAUCAUGCAGCUCCUCCGCCACCCUCCCGUCCUGGAGCGCCUGAGGGAGGAGCUCAGAGCCAGGGGUCUCCUCCACAAUGGCUGCCUCUGCCCCGAAGGAGAACUGAGGCUGGACACCAUCGUGAGCCUCAAGUACCUGGAUUGUGUCAUCAAGGAGGUGCUGAGACUCUUCACACCUGUCUCAGGGGCCUACCGAACCGCCAUGCAGACCUUCGAACUUGAUGGUGUCCAGAUUCCAAAGGGCUGGAGUGUGAUGUACAGCAUCCGAGACACCCACGACACCGCAGCUGUGUUCAAGGAUGUGGACGCCUUCGACCCUGACCGCUUCAGCCAGGAGCGGGGAGAAGACAAAGAAGGACGCUUCCACUACCUUCCCUUCGGCGGCGGUGUCCGGUCCUGCCUGGGCAAGCAGCUCGCCACUCUCUUCCUUCGCAUCCUGGCUAUUGAGCUUGCCUGCACCAGCCGUUUCGAGCUGGCCACCCGGCAGUUCCCCCGCGUGGUCACGGUACCCGUGGUUCACCCUGUUGAUGGGCUGAAGGUCAAGUUCUACGGCUUGGACUCCAACCAGAACGAGAUCAUGGCCAAGACAGAAGAGCUGCUGGGAGCGACUGUUUGAAGGCCAGAGGGUCGACGAG